CUCAGAAGCUGAGCAAGCACCAAACAAACUCUGUGGUCCGCAGACAAGCCUGUGUGGCUUUCACAAACGAAAGCAAUGACGGGACAUGGGCGCACUGAUUCCAUACGUUCGCCUUGAACUGGAGCUAAACACAACGGAAAACGUCUAGGAAAAUGCUGGAAAGUCGUGAGUAGGUGCAUGCCGAUUGUUGUUUACCAGGCAGGGACAAUUACACUGGUCUCUGGGGUGGUUACGCAACAGUAUGAGUUUAUGCUCCAUCUCUCUUGACAUUUCCGAACAGGAACGAAUAAACUGCUUCUGAACAUGGACUAUUUAUUGCCGUUGAGGACAAAAGGCAGCUGUACUGCAUCAAAGCUUCUAUGACAGCAAGCAGCAUGACAGCAAGUUAUAUUAAGUGCCACCUCCGGUGGAAAAGACUCAUCUUCCUUUUGUGUUUGGGGAUGAGCACCAUAUUCUUUUGGAUGACGACGACUUGGUCGACGAAAACUGUGCUACCACCUUGCCGUCCCUUUCACGCCCUGUGUCGAGCUUUUCUUUCUGCUUCUGACAAUCAGACCGAAUGGCGUCGGCGCGACUGUCAGAUUAAAAGCUACCUUACGAACAACACACUUCAGUGCUCCAAAUUGAUGAAGGACCUUCACUUCAUCACGAGACCUCUGAGCGCUGAGGAGGAGGCCUACCCGUUGGCAUUCAUCCUGACUGUCCACAAAGAGCUAGAGGUUUUAAUCCGGCUGCUGCGGGCCAUUUACACGCCACAAAACAUUUACUGCGUUCAUGUUGAUGCCAAGUCUCCGCCUGAGUACAAAGCCUCUGUGCAGAAGCUGGUGAGCUGCUUCGAAAAUGUUUUCCUGUCCAGCCGAAGUGAGACUGCCAUCUACGCCGGCUUUUCACGACUGAAGGCGGACUUGAACUGCAUGAGCGAUUUGGUCACAUCCAAAGUCAGCUGGAGGAAGGUGGUCAAUCUAUGUGGGCAAGACUUCCCGCUUAUGAGCAAUCUAGAGCUGGUACGCUACUUGCAAAACAAAAUGUGGCAGGAACGGAAUAUGACUCCCGGGAUAAAGCAGCCUGACUAUAUGAGGUGGCGGACCCAGUUUCAACACAAUGAGACCCACGUAUAUUUUGUCGAGUCUAAAGUGAAGAAAGGCCCGCCUCCUCAUGACAUGCAAAUCUAUUUUGGUACAGCGUACUAUGCACUCACAAGAGGCUUUGUUGACUUUGUACUUGAGAGUCCUAAAGCCCGCGAUCUCCUCGAGUGGUCCAGAGACACGUACAGUCCAGAUGAGCACUACUGGGUGACACUCAACCACCUCACAGAGGCACCAGGCAGCAACAUCGCUGGUGGCUGGGAAGGAAGCAUCCGGGCAAUCAAGUGGAAGGACCAGACUGGAAAACAGCACAAUGGCUGCAAUGGUCGUUACGUGCGAUCAAUUUGUGUCUACGGACUGAAGGACCUGCCGUGGCUCAUCAAGAAGGAAAGCAUGUUUGCCAACAAGUUUGAGAACGACUUCGAGCCCGAGGCCCUAGAUUGUCUGGAGCAGUGGCACAGGAACAAGCUACUGAGCCACACUUCCGUUCCUAUAGAGCCAUCGUGGCUGUUGGCCACACGGAGCAACAGUGAGCACGCCAUUGCGUAAAUUCACAGCUUGUAACAUUACUUUUCCUGGAGAGUUUGUUCAGAUGUCAAAAUGUAUAAUGAUAUGGGCCGUUUUAUGCCACAAUUUAGGAUAUUUUCUUUACAUGGUGAAAAAAGCCAAUAAUUAAAUAGUUUUAUUUCAAUACCAUAUGUUAGUGUGUGGCGAUUUAUCACCUGGUUUGUUGUUAUUGGGACAAAUAGUGGAUGUUAUGCAUCAUAUAUUUAAGAAAUAUCAGCACUGUGGAGUUUAGCAAAGUGUAUUUUUAUAUUAUUGAAACUUGUGAAAAUAAAAGGAUUUCAUGACAAUACAUCAUUUACAAUCAUUUUGGCUAAAUAUAUAUAAUAAUAUGGCCCGGGAUUAGUUCAGGGGUGGGAAAAAAAAGAGAAAUAAAGGGAUGAUGUGCCUCUUGCUUUGAGUCAUGUCAACUAUUUAUAUUGCAAUUUAUUUUUCCUUAAAGGGAUCCUCGGACUUAAAAGACUUGUAGGCUCUAAUAAGCCACAAUUGUUCUCUUUUACUAACAUACGUAUGUUAUUAGAAACAUACUGUCUAUUACUGCCAUUGAUUUAAAAAUCCAUAAUAUUUAGUACAUACUUUGACCUACGGAGGGCGCCAUGUUUUACCUACAUAAUGCGCGCUGGGGGUGAUGACGCGGUUGGCCUGGACUGGGAGAAAAGCUGUGCUAGCUAGCAAGCGAAGCUAGUAUGACGACUGGCAUGAUUUUGUCACAUUCUGCUGCUAGCCAGAUUGUUUUGUGACAGAGAUGAGUUCCCAACUUUGUACCUGCAUCCAAUUCCAGCUCGUCAGCAGUGCCUUUAAACCGAUCAUAGGCGGCUUGCCAAGAUAUUGACUUACUGCAAUUUCACAGUUUGCAUAUCCCUUCAUUGCUAGCUGCAUCACUGCCUUGUUUUUUUUUGUUUUUCUGCCUCUCACUGUGGUUUUCCACUCUUUUUAUUAUUUUUUUUAUUUGAUCCUGACCUACUGUCACGGACCCUUUUUGUGUCUCCCUUUUUGCGAUCGAGUGUUUUUUUUUGUUUUUUGUGUUGCAUUAACCCUUUUACACAUUCCCUAUGUUCAUGUUGUCUGCUUGCUGCCUGAAGUGAGCUGCGUUUUUUAAUUCCGUGGUCAAGCGUUUUCAGUUGCGUUUCCCUUUCAGGUUUUACCGCACAGACAGACUGCCCAUGUGGGUUGCGAUUGCUUUAUAAGGAAAAGCAUGACUAACGUCUCGCAGAAGUAUAUUCCUGGGUUUUAACUGCUCGUCUGUCGCACGGGAAAUGUGGGUUCGAAUCCGUUGCAACUCGUUUUGUGAAAUAUCGACAGUGCUGUCCUGCUCAUCACUUUUUCGCUCCGGUUCAAAUUGGAAGGGCAGAACCGACGACAUGUUUAUGUAGCUAACUAGUGACACUGCGGGAGCACGGCAGCGCUGCCCAGUGACAUCACUGCAUUGCGUCGUCAACAACAAUGGCGAACAAUUAGUUAAACUAAUUUUUCAAAUGUUAUAAAAAAGAAAACAUUAAGAGGGAAUGUUAGUUGUAUUGAGUUCCUUUUGUCUACACUUAUUGAUUAGGUGAAUUUUUCUUUCGUCACAGAUAAUUGUUUUAGGUUGUUUUAAUUACCAGACAUGUUUCGGCGACUACUUCAUCAGAGAGUCACUGGUGUUGGUGUGAGCAUCUUUAUCAGCUGAUGGAUGAAGGCGUGACUCACCUGUCAGAUUGACAUGCGACUCACGCCCUCUGCUGACCAUUCACUCUUCCAGAAUGCUGGUCCAGGUAGUCGAGAGCAUGUAAGCCCCCUCGUCCCUGUUGAUGGUCCUCGGGCCCAACUUGCGGAUCUCAAUGGCCUCCCUGAUCCAGCGCUGAUGUUUGUUUUCUUCAGGGUGGAUGACUCUGGCGUUUUCCCAGUACAUGAUGUGGUUUUCCCUUUUGCAAUGAUUGGUGAUGGCUGACUCGUGAUGUUCCUGUUGUGCUUGUUCUUUUAUUGCCCUGGUUUGCCUUAUUGCUGUCUCCUUCUCGCAUUUGUUUUUUUCUUGUAAUAAAGCUCCUGCAUGUCUUCCCGAUGUAUGAUUUAUUGCAUGAUUUGCAUGGAAUUUCAUAUAUGAAGUUACAUUUGGUUUCUGGGUGGAUUUUUGAGUUGGGUUUGAAUGUCAAACUCAUACUGACAUUCAUCUUUUAAGAACCUAAGUCUUUCUGUCCGUGGUUCCCUUUAUUAAAACUAAUAAGAAAAGUAACUCAAAUUGUAGGGUCAUUUAUACAAUAAAAUUAAAAAUGUUUCAGACGAUGGUUUGUUCUUUUAAUUCUUGUUAUUUCACAUAACCAAUGUAGCUGAGCACUUUCAAUACUACACACUUUUAGAUCAUGUAUAUUUUUCACAGGCAUUAAUUAACCCAGUGCUUAUAUAUGGAAAAGUCUACUCACCUUGUGGCAAAUUUCUGUCUUAACCUCCUUCAGGGCACGGUCCGAGAAAACGCAACCACACGUCUUUAGGUAACAGAACCUGCAAAUUGCGACAUUGAAGUUCAUGCAUUUUUUUCCUGACUAUUUCCACCAAUAUUUUCUGAUCUUUAUUGUUAAGCUUGUUAUCAUUACCUGUGCUUGCCGUUCAUCUCCAGCCCAACAACUGGGCAAAUAAACAUCCCGCAAUAGAUGUCCUCGUAUCGGUCUCCUUUAGUGUUCCUUCUCUCGCCCUCCCACUCAGGAUUAUCUGUCAAGUUCAGCUCUUUUAUAUCCUGCAAAC